AAUUUUAUUUAGCACUGUGUUGACAUUUCUGUUAUACCAAAUUUGGAUACCCUGAUUAAAUCGACUAAGCAAUCACAAUUUAUUAACUAAUUACAUAAUUUAACUUUUUAUGUUAAUAGACUAGUUUAAUAUAGUAAUUUAUAUAAAUUUAAUACACAUAAUAUUGUAAACUAUUUUUCUUAAUAAAUUUUGCUCAAAUUGUAAAUAGCAUUUCGAAAAAUAAAUAUACGUAUUUAUAUUUUUUAUUUACUUAAAGUUUUACCAAAAUGGGUAUAACUAAAAGACCUGCUAGUUCUUGCAGUGAUGAAAUUAUUGCUGUUGAAAUUGAAGACAAUUCUGAUGGAUUUUCAGAUACCAUUAGUGACAACACUGAAAACCCAGGUGACAUAGUUUUAGAAGACCCUUUACAAUAUUUUGAGUUUUUAGAAAAUAAUGAACCAUAUGAUAUUGAUGAGCCUGAACUAUUGUACCAAGUUCAUUUUAAAGAUGAAACAAGUUUUCCAGAUGAAAUUCAACAAGUUAAACAGUUGUUUAAAAAAAAAAUUUCAAAAAUGGGAAGAAGAAAAGCUAACCGUGCCCAAAAUGAAAUUUUUCUUCUUUCCCUCUCUGACAAUUGCUCCUCAGAAGACACUAUAUUCUAUAAUGACAACAAAAAUGGAUUUACAAAUGUAUUCAAGCAUUGUUCACACCAUACUUUAAAAGAAUCUUUUCUUGAAGGACAAGAAGAUAUUUUACUCAAAAAAAAAAAAAGAAACAUGAAUUAUGAAAAAAAAAGGAAACGUAUAACUCAACCAGAAAUAGCAUUUAAAAAUUUGACAACUUCUCAAAAGUCAUUAUUUAAACAAAAGAGUUUACCAUUUACAACUAUUAAUGAUCUGGAAACUGAAGUAGUUCAGUAUUUUACAUUUUCACCAAAUGGAGUUUAUACAUCAGUGCCCUUACCUAGUUACCAUAGAUUAUUACUUCAUGGUAUAGUUCGUUAUUACUCACUUGAUGCAACGAGUGUUAAUAGCCGAGGGCAACGAUCUCAAAAAAUAGUACAAGUUAAAAACAACCACUACGAUGACUUCAAACCCCCAAGAUUAUCAUUGUUAAAAUUUAUUGAAACAAAACUCAAUAAAAUAAAAAUAAGUCAUUUAUAAUAUCCCAAUAAUUUACAAAUUAAGAUAAAAUCUUAUUAAAAAAAACAUGUCAAAAAAUGGAUUUCCCAAAUUAUUUAAUAAACUAUCCAGGUUUUUUUAGUUCUUAAGUAAAAAAUAUUUUUAUAAUUGUUAUAUAUAUUCAAUGCAAAUUUAUCUAUAAAUUUAAGUAGUAAGACUAUGAUAAUAAAUUGAAUGCUAUAAAAAUAUCACUAAAACUUAAAAUAUUUCAGGUAAAUUUUAUAAUUGCAC